CACACUGCAUUUGAAACCGCGGGAGUCGGUACUACACCUAAAAUUCCACAAAAUUUGUUUUUUUUUGUUACGAAACUUGGAAAUUGUCGCUUUUAGUUUUGUGUUUAAAGUUUCUAUUCUUGAUAACUGUUAAAUAAUUUUAGUUUUAUUUUUUUUUUCAAAUUGUUUGAACAGUGUUGAUUUUUUAUUGUACAAAUCAUGUUUGUUGUGUUUUAUCAAGUGUAUUAAAAUUCAGGAUUCUUUACUAUUAACUUAUUGGUGUUGUGUGUACAGUUAGUGUAUAUAUAUCUAGUUGAGUUUAGUUGGCUAUGGCAGAAGGUAAUGGUGAGGUACCGGAAGAACCAAUGAAGAUAGACGUCGAACGCACCGAAGACUACCAGAAGCUGCUGGAAUAUGGGCUGGACGAAAAAGUUGCUGCGAAAUUGGACGAGAUCUAUAAGACUGGCAAGUUAGCGCAUGUUGAUUUAGAUGAAAGAGCAUUAGAUGCGCUAAAAGAGUUUCCCGUUGACGGGGCGCUCAAUGUACUAGGUCAAUUCCUCGAUUCAAACUUAGAACACGUGUCCAACAAAUCGGCGUAUUUAUGCGGAGUCAUGAAGACCUAUAGACAAAAGAGUAGAGCGGGGACCAGCGGCUCGGCGGGUGCGGCCACUCCCGCGCCAGUGCCCGUCAAGGGACCCGAUGAAGAAAAGAUCAAACAGAUUUUAGACCGGACCGGAUACACCUUGGAUGUAACAACUGGUCAAAGAAAAUAUGGGGGACCACCGCCAGGCUGGGAGGGCGCGCCACCCGGUUCUGGUUGUGAGGUAUUUUGUGGAAAAAUCCCCAAAGAUAUGUACGAAGAUGAGCUUAUACCAUUAUUUGAAGAAUGUGGCAACAUUUGGGACCUUAGAUUAAUGAUGGAUCCCAUGACGGGUACCAAUAGAGGAUAUGCAUUUGUAACAUUUACAAAUAGAGAUGCAGCGCAAGUAGCAGUCCAAAAGUUGGAUAAUCACGAAAUCAAACCUGGCAAGAAUCUGAAAAUUAACAUUAGCGUUCCAAAUCUACGUCUUUUCGUCGGAAACAUUCCAAAGUCAAAAGGCAAAGAGGAGAUCUUGGAUGAAUUUGGUAAAUUGACAGCUGGGCUAAUGGAAGUUAUCAUUUAUUCAUCGCCCGAUGACAAGAAAAAGAAUCGCGGAUUUUGUUUUCUGGAAUACGAAUCCCACAAAGCGGCAUCUUUAGCAAAGAGAAGAUUAGGCACUGGCCGUAUUAAAGUUUGGGGUUGUGAUAUCAUUGUCGAUUGGGCUGAUCCUCAAGAAGAACCUGAUGAACAAACUAUGUCUAAGGUCAAGGUCCUCUACGUAAGAAACUUAACUCAAGAAAUAAGCGAAGAGAAAUUGAAGGAAGAGUUUGAGCAAUUUGGCAAGGUGGAAAGGGUAAAGAAAAUAAAAGAUUACGCUUUCAUACAUUUCGAAGAUAGGGACAAUGCCGUUAAGGCAAUGGAAGCAUUGGAUUCUAAGGAAUUGGGAGGUUCUAAUAUCGAAGUCUCAUUGGCGAAACCUCCGUCUGAUAAGAAGAAAAAAGAAGAAAUUCUGAGAGCUCGUGAACGAAGAAUGAUGCAAAUGAUGCAAGUUAGAGGCGGAAUGAUGCCGGGAACAAUGCCUUUAAGGGGUCCGCCUGGAGCUGCAGGCCCAAGGGGAACAAGCGGUGGCAUGAGAUCAGCACCUAUGGGAAGGGGCGAUUAUGAUUACGAUUACGAGUAUUACGGUUACGGGGACUAUAGAGGCGGCUACAGUGAUCCCUAUUAUGAUGACUAUUAUAGAUAUGAAGAUUAUUAUUACGAUUAUCAGCCGGCCCCAACAUCAUCUAGAGGAAGGGGUCGGCAACCUACUUCGGAACUGGAUGAAGGAGUCACGUCAGGUGUUUUCUACGACGUUAGCAGUGGAACACAGGCUGGUCGUGGGCGUGGAGUGGUGGCACGUGGCCGGGCCGGUGGCCCCCCAGCCCGUGGGGCGGCAGCCAACAGAGCGGGCCGGGGCGGAGCAACAGGGGCCCGUGGGGCAGCACGCCAAGCCGCUCGUGGAGUGGGCCGCGCCAAGGCAAGUUUACCAGCAGGUAAGCGAAAGUUUGACGGGGGUCACCAGAACCAGGGGGAAACUAAACGCCGAUUCCAGAGCAACUGGGGAAGCCAGCCCCUUCCGCAACAGCCGCUGGGGGCGGACGUAAACGGUGAACAGCAGGCGUGGUACCAGGAUUCGUACGGCUCCUGGAGCUAAGUCAAGUGAACGGACAUUGAAAGCCCACAGUGAGACUGAAAAAUGUGAGUGGCCCUACGUCAAAAAAAAGAAGGGCGAUAAAUGAGGCCGGGGCGCACCCUCUAGUGCCUGCUAUAGUAGGGUGUUGAAUCGCUCCAAAUGAAUUAUUGUACUGGGAACUAAUUUUUUUGUGGGUUCACGCAUAGAUAAUGUGUAUGUAUAUUUUCUGGUAAUCUGGUCUCUAAAUUUAUUUAUAUUUAAUGUUUGAUAAAUGGAAAGUUUAUAUAAGACCAGAAAUUUUUUAUCUAGGAUUUUUUUAUGAAAAAAAAUCGAUAAUUUCGACCGUCCGCUAUAUUUGAAGAAUGAAUUUUCGAUUUACACAUUGUUUAUACGUGAUCACAAAUAAAUUGAAAUAGUUGGUACAAUGAAUUUUGGCGGAGGAUUGUUUCGGCAGAUGUGAAUAUUAGUCCGUGCGCGCCAGCCUGAUCAGCUGAUGGUGUCCCCAAUUCUACGUUAAUAAUUACCUAUUCUGCAUUCGUUUUUUUUUUAAAUUCAAUAUUCAUUUAAUAUUUGACUUGUUAUUGGUACAAUCAAAAUUCUUUUGCUGUACGUUUGUUGUUUGGAAAUUAAAUUUAUUCAAUUAAAUUGAUUAAGUUAAAAA